AUGGCCGCCACCUCAAACCACCUGGAUAGCUCCAACCGCGAACUCGACAUGACGGACUCGAUUUCCACUGCGGCACCAAACACGGACACAUCCAGCAACAAGAAGAGGCAUCAAGAAGCAAUGCCGGGCGACGAUUUUGAGACGGCCUCGAAGCGGGUCGAGGAGCCAUUGGAUGCCUUUGGCGAUGAAACCAAUGCCGAGAUCCAGUAUAAGACAAUGAGCUGGUGGCAGGCGUCAAUGGUCAUGGUUGCAGAGAACAUCUCGUUGGGCGUUUUAUCCUUGCCCGCCGUGAUCGCAACCGUCGGACUUGUUGCCGGCCUAAUUUCCAUCAUCGCUCUGGGCAUCUUUGCCAGUUAUUCUGGCUACGUUCUGUGGCAGUUCCGCAUGAGAUACCCUCAGGUCGCCAGUUAUACCGAUGUUGGCAGAGUCCUGGCUGGGCGUCUUGGCUACGAAAUCUUCAGUGCAGCAUAUGUCAUCUACUGUCUGUUCUUCAUGGCCAGUCACCUUUUGACCUUUACCAUUGCGCUCAACGUCUUGUCGAACCACGGGACGUGCACCAUUGUCUUUGGCAUCGUGGGCCUCAUUGUCUUUGCCCUGCUCACCAUUCCCCGAACGCUCAAGAACGUUUCAUUCCUGAGCAUUGUCAGCUUCAUCAGCAUCAUGUCGGCCGUGCUCAUCACCAUCAUUGCCCUGGCCGUAUCGCCCAAGGCGGCAUACGAGGAUAUGCAGGCCGUCUAUCACCCAAACUUCCCGACGGCCUUCAACGCCAUUUGCAAUGCCGUCUUUGCCUACGCCGGCCACGUCGCCUGGGUGAGCUUCAUCUCCGAGCUGCGCGACCCCAAGGACUUUCCCGUCGCCCUCGGCUCCCAGCAGCUGGUGCAGAUCAUUGUCUACACCAUUGUCUCCCUCGUCAUCUACCGCUACGCCGGUGUCGACGUGUCCAGCCCGGCCCUCAGCAGCACGGGCGAGGUUGUCAAGAAGGUCGCCUGGGGUAUCGCGCUGCCCACCAUCAUCAUUGCCGGCGUCAUCUUUGCCCACGUCAACGCCAAGUACAUUUACCUGCGCAUGUUUGCCGGCACAAAGUAUCUGCACAGCCGUGGUGUCGUCGCUACGGGGUCUUGGAUCGCACUCGGUUUUGGCACCUGGACCAUUGCCUGGAUUAUUGCCGAGUCCAUUCCCAACUUUAGCGACCUGCUUGGCUUUGUUAGUGCUCUGUUUGGCGCCUGGUUCUCCUUUGGCGUACCUGGCUUCCUGUGGUUGUACAUGAACCAGGGACUCUGGUUCCAAAAUUGGCGCAAGAUAGGCUUGUUCUUUAUGAAUGUCACGCUCAUCAUUCUCGGCUUCAUCAUUUGUGGUGUAGGCCUAUACUCGUCCGGAUGGUCCAUGGCACAGGACAGCUCUGGCCUGGUCUGGUCUUGCGCUGACAACAGCUCAUAA